CACGGAGAACCAGGAGAAGGAGGAUAAACCAAAGGAGGAGGAGGCUAAGGAGGCGGUGGCCGAAGAGAAACCCAGGACCAAAUCCAGUCAGCCUAAUGAAGCAUCUCCUGCCUUCAUGUCCACCAUCUUUGCUGUUUUUGACGUCUACCUGAACAAGAUCCUGAACUACCUGGCUCGGAACUUCUACAACCUGCGUUUCCUGGCUCUCUUUGUGUGCUUCGCCAUCAACUUCAUCCUGCUCUUUUACAAGGUCACUGGUGAGACGGAUGAAGAGACUGAAGAGGAUGAUGAAAACCGUUGGGGUGGUGAAGAAGAGGAUGAUGAGAACACUCUGUUUGACAUGGACGAGUUCGUCCUUCAGGAGAGCACAGGUUACAUGUUACCAACGCUGCGCUUCCUGGCUGUGUUCCACACGGUCAUCUCCCUCCUCUGCCUGGUCGGAUACUACUGUCUGAAGGUUCCUUUGGUGGUUUUCAAGAGGGAGAAGGAGAUCGCCAGGAAGCUGGAGUUUGAUGGUCUGUACAUCACUGAGCAGCCGUCUGAUGAUGACAUCAAAGGCCAGUGGGAUCGACUGGUCAUCAACACGCCAUCGUUCCCCAACAACUACUGGGACAAGUUUAUAAAGCGCAAGGUCAUCAACAAAUAUGGUGACCUGUARGGAGCUGAGCGCAUCGCUGAGCUCUUAGGCUUGGAUAAAAGUGCUUUGGACUUCGACCCCACAGUGGAGACCGUGGAGAAGGAAGCUUCUCUGCUUUCAUGGCUGAGCUCCAUCGACACAAAGUACCACAUCUGGAAAAUGGGAGUGGUUCUGACUGACAAUUCCUUCCUGUAUCUGAUCUGGUACACCACCAUGUCCAUUUUUGGACACUUCAACAACUUUUUCUUCGCGGCUCAUCUGCUGGACAUCGCCAUGGGCUUCAAGACGCUUCGCACCAUCCUGUCCUCCGUCACUCACAACGGGAAGCAGCUGGUGCUGACCGUGGGUCUGCUGGCCGUGGUGGUCUACCUGUACACGGUGGUGGCCUUCAACUUCUUCAGGAAGUUCUACAACAAGAGCGAGGAUGAAGACGAGCCGGACAUGAAGUGUGACGACAUGAUGACGUGCUACCUGUUCCACAUGUACGUGGGCGUCAGAGCUGGAGGUGGUAUUGGAGACGAGUUGGAGGACCCAGCUGGAGAUCCAUACGAACUCUACCGCAUCCUGUUUGACAUCACCUUCUUCUUCUUCGUCAUCGUCAUCCUGCUGGCCAUCAUUCAGGGUUUGAUCAUCGAUGCCUUCGGUGAGCUGAGAGACCAGCAGGAGCAGGUGAAGGAGGACAUGGAGACCAAAUGCUUCAUCUGUGGCAUUGGGAACGAUUACUUCGACCGGACCCCUCACGGCUUUGAAACCCACACCUUACAGGAACACAACCUGGCCAACUACCUGUUCUUCCUCAUGUACCUCAUCAACAAGGACGAGACCGAACACACGGGUCAGGAGUCCUACGUGUGGAAGAUGUACCAGGAGAGAUGCUGGGACUUCUUCCCUACAGGAGACUGCUUCCGUAAACAAUAUGAGGACCAGCUGGGUUAGAGGAGGCCACGCCCCUCCUGGCCCCYCCCCACGAACAAAACCUGGAAUUCUUCACCCGACACGACUGGACGUGUGCUGCUCCACCUGAUUGUUUGAUUUAACAUCAAAUAUUUUAGCCUUUUUAACAACGGUUCAAGUGUGUGAAAGGAACUGAAGACUCAGAUUAGAGGUUCACUAAGUGCCAACGUGCCUUUUGAAGAAACUAUGCAAACACAUCAUUGUUCCUCCGUUCACAAGCAGAUUUACAUUAGUUUGGUGGCUCUUUGUUGUAUAAAAUCUAGACAAUAGUUGUGUAAAUGUUGCUAAGUUUGGUUUUGUUCCUGAGCUGUGGCGUCCUGCCUGCACCUUCUUCCACAGUGAGAGAACGCCACGGAGAGCCGCUACGUUUAGCUCAUUUACUGUAGCUGCUGCUCUACGCCUCAUUUCUAUAGGAGCUUUGGAAAACUGACUUUUGCCGACGGGAGGAAAUGAAUAAACAAGUGACGCAAUAAAA